AUGCAGAGGCUGUGCACGGGGCCGGGCCGCUCCGUGCCUCCUCGUCCUGCCGAGGGAGGGCCGCGCACCCUACAGUUCCUGGCGCGGGGCCCGGAGCCGGAGCCAGGAGCCACGUCCGCAGUGCGAGGCAGGGCCGCGGCCGGACCGGUCAGACCGGAUUCCAAGCAUCAGUGCACGCUCUGGGCCGGCCCCGAGCGCCGUUACCUCGAGCUGAGCCCGCGGCCCGAGGCCAGCACGAAGGAAGCUCCGGGCCCCUUCCAGGGCUCACAGCCGCCGCUCGGACCCCAACCGAGGGCCGGCUCCGUUCGGCGGCCCCGGGACUCCCAGGCCGGCGCCUCCCGGGACCCGGCGCGGCCGCCCGCAGCCCCGGCCUUUACCCCGGCCCUCCCGACCCGGCCUCGCCCACCUGCACCGCCCCGGCCCCGCUGGGCCCCCCCGACCCGGAGGCUCCGCUGCCCCGAUUCGUUUCGGCCCGGACGCGCCGGAAGCAGCGUCAGGAUCGCGCGGGGGGCGCCGGGAGACGGAACCGGAGGUGACGUCAGAUUUGGCGCCCCGGGCGGAAGUGCCGCGGGGUGCGUGCGCGUCUUUCUCGGAAGUGCGGCGCGGCGCGGCAUGGAGGCAGCGGCGGCUGAGCAGCAACAGCAACUCCGCAGCCUGCGGGACUUCCUGUUGGUGUACAACCGCAUGACCGAGCUCUGCUUCCGCCGCUGCGUCUCCGAUCUCGGUUACCGGCUGCUGUCGCGGCGUGAGGAGCGAUGCCUGGACGGCUGCGCCGGGAAACUGAUCCGUGCCAACCACCGCCUGAUGGGCGCCUACGUGGCCCUCAUGCCCAGCAUCGUGCAGCGCCGCGCCGCCCGCCUGGAGGACGGCACAGAGCGGACGGCACCGGACGGAGCCGAAACGCCCGCGGCCCACGCGGCUCCUGACAGCUCUCCCGCGGGGCCCUCAGGCACGUAGCGGAGCCGCGGGUCCGGUGUGCCUCCGUGGCUGUGAGGUGGGUGCGGAACGGCCCGGCACGGCUGCCAGCGGCACGGCCGGCCCCGUAAUGGCAGCCUCGGUGUGGAGCGGCAGAACUGCUGAGCACCGCGGCCGGACCGCGCAGAGCCCGGUUCUCCUCUGCGUCUGCACCAGCAGCCAGGCCUGCCCACCCCGGUGGCCUCAGCCAGCAGCAGUCUGCCAGUGCUGUGGGUAGAAAGAAGGGAAUCAGUAGCAGCUGCUGCUCUGGCCAGGAGCUCCCGGCUGAAUUCUCUAUUGCUCCAGCGCCGGGCUCUCACUCUCCAGAACUGAGCCUUUUGUAUCUGUAGGACAUCAUUUCAUGGGGCUAAUAAAACAUUUCAUGAGU